GCGUGUGUUUCAAUUACAUUCAUAUGCACGGAAUAGGUUGGAUGCAUGGGGCUAUAAAUAGCCUAGAAGAGCUGCUCCCAAAAGCCACCCAUUCCGUAAAAGCUCAAAGCAAAUUGAAGUGCUUCUCUGCCCUUUCUCUUUCCUUCUAAAAAGAUGGGCGUUCUUAAGGUUUCAAUGACGCAAGUGUUAGGUUUUGUUCUAUUAUUUGGUGCCCUAGCUCGCCCCACUUGGACCAAGGUUCAUCACCAUACCUUCGUUAUCGAAGAAACCAAUUACACUCGGCUCUGCUACACGAAGAGCAUCUUAACUGUUAAUGGUCAAUUCCCGGGGCCGACCAUCAACGCGCGCAACGGAGACAUGGUCAUCGUCAAGGUGUACAACCGCGCAGGCUACAAUAUCACCCUCCACUGGCAUGGGAUACGCGAGACCCGGAACCCGUGGUCGGACGGGACCGAGUACAUCACGCAGUGCCCGAUCCAGCCGGGAGGCAACUUCACGCAACGGAUCGACCUCACCAAUGAGGAAGGCACCCUUUGGUGGCACGCCCACAGCGACUGGGAUCGCGCCACCCUCUACGGAGCCAUUGUGGUUCGCCCCACGCGCGGAACCGCCUUCCCUUUCUCCAAGCCUCAAAAGGAGAUCCCCAUCCUUCUCGGAGAGUGGUGGAUUGCCAACGUGAGUCAAAUCCUGGCCGACCUCAUUCGGACAGGCGGCGACCCUAAUAUCUCUGAUGCCUACACCAUCAACGGCCAGCCUGGGGAUUUCUAUCCAUGCUCCCGAAAAGAUACCUUCAAAGUCCUAGUGGAGUAUGGCAAAACCUACCUCCUCCGCGUGGUCAACGCCGCAAUCAACAACGAGCUCUACUUCGCGGUGGCCGGCCACAAGCUCACUGUGGUCUGCACCGACGCGAGCUACACCAAGCCCUUCACCACUGACUUCAUCAUGAUCACCCCGGGCCAAACCUUCAACCUCCUCCUCGAAGCCAACAACCCGGCCGGCGCCGACCCCUUGGCCCCCCGCCGCUUCUACAUGGCGGCACGCUCCUACUCCAGCGCACAGAAUGUCUCCUUUGACAACACGACCACGACCGCCAUCUUAGAAUACACCACCGGAUCUAGCCCCUCCACACCUGCUGCGCCGCCGCAGCUCCCGUACCUCCCUGGGUACAACGACACCAACGCAGCGACCGUAUUCACCGCAGGGCUGCGCUCGCUGGCUAGCCGGGAGCACCCGGUCGACGUGCCGCAGACGAUUGACCGGCGGAUCAUCAUCACAGUCUCGGUCAACCUGCUGACGUGCCCCGGCGCCACGUGCACGGGGCCCGGCAAUAACCGCAUGGCGUCAAGCCUGAACAACGACAGCUUUCGAAACCCCCGGAUCGACAUCCUUGAGGCGUACUACUACAGCAUCUCCGGAGACUACGGGACCAACUUCCCCGACCGCCCGCCGUCCUACUUCAACUUCACCGCCGACAUGAUUCCGCAGAACAUGACGUUCACGAAGAGGAACACGGAGGUGAAGGUGUUGGAGUACAACACGAGCGUGGAGGUGGUGUUCCAGGGGACGAAUUUAUUGGCCGGGGAGAACCACCCCAUGCACCUGCACGGGUUCACCUUCUACGUGGUGGGGAGGGGGUUCGGGAACUACGACGAGAAGAGGGACCCCCUGGGGUACAAUUUGGUGGACCCGGCGUACGAGAACACCGUCGGCGUGCCACGCAACGGCUGGGCUGCAAUCCGCUUCAGGGCGGAUAACCCCGGUGUUUGGUUCAUGCACUGUCACUUGGAGCGUCACCUCACCUGGGGAAUGGACACAGUGUUUAUAGUGAAAAAUGGGAAAGGCCCCCAGGAACGUUUGUUGCCACCUCCUCCGGAUAUGCCUCCAUGCUAAGAAGAUCAAACAAGGACUCUAUACAUAGAGUUGGAUACGAACAUUGCUUAUAAAAUUUAAUAUUGGUUGAAUAUGGAAGUAUGGUAAGGAAUUUUAGUACUGAUUUAUCGGAUGGCAAUGUUGUUAUUGUUGUAAUUUAUAAUUUGUUUAUUUGUUUGUUAAUUUGUAAAACGUUUUACCCCAUAAAUUGAGUAAAUAAAUCAAGAACAUCUCACUAGUUUAAUUU